CAGCGGCUUGCGCUUGCAGGCCGUCAAGGUCGCCCUGAUCAAGUAGCAAUCUAAUCAGCCACGGAGAUGUCAUUACUGGUCUUGUUCUUGUUGUCCCUUGUUCUGUCCGUAUACGCUGCCCCGGCAGCGCAACCCGACGACGACGCGUUCGGCGAAAAAUGGGAGAUCGGCCUGGGUGUAGCCUUAGCCUCUGUGAUAGCUGGACUCGUUACCGCAAUAUGCCUGGUGAAGCGACGGCGGCGCGCCGUAUCAGCGACAUACCAAGGCCCAGACAUGAAGGAGUGCAAUCCCAACCAUUUGGAUUCUCAUAAACGACGUUCAUCCUCGACGUCCACCUUGAGCGACCUCGGUCCCGUCAUACGGGAGCCUUCACCUGCAUAUAGCCGCUUGAACUACGAUAUUGUCCGACCAACACCGUAUGGUCGUGGAUGGCCCUCUACCGGCUCACACCGUCCGCAGUCGAUGCCCAGGACCUAAAGCGGUGGGACGGCUGUACAUGUGUAUCCUGUUCCUCUCUCAUCAGACAGUUUCCUCCACCGCACUCUUCCCCUGUAUCAGCACAUGACUGUAUAGUAACCCUCGAUGCUUAUCAUAUCGUUUUGCC